AUGAACAAUCGUGGCCACCCUCAAACCAACAAUAAUCACAACAACAACCUCCAACGUUCUCGACAAUGUGAUACUCCUCAACAACCAGAUGGAACUCGUUCAACUUUUAGCAGCUCCAGCAAUAGGCAAUACAUUUCUUCCAGAAGGGAUAAUUUUGUUGUUGAUAAUUCUUCUUAUCGUUCAGAUAAUAAACAACGAAAUUACCAACACCAAUAUCAUGAGGAAGAAGAACGCUUCAGUGUUGGUUCCUCUGCGUCCCCUUAUCAGGAUAGAAAACCAAUUAAGGCACGAAAUGCUGGCAACAUAAGGCCUUUCCAUUCUUCUCAUGUUCAUUAUCAAGAAAGAGAAGAACGGCCUUCAUAUGGUAGACAAGAAUAUUAUCAUGCUUCUGCUUCUUCUUCUUCUUAUAUCAGACAAGCAGGAUUCAGAAAAAGGGAUGAGGAUAGAUAUUCUCCUCCACAUUCCUAUACAUCUUCCUAUCAACAACCGCAAGGAAGAGUUCGAUUCUACCAUCAAUUCAACAGAGCUCCCAAUCAAUUCGUUCUCUCCUACCGAAAGAAACAAUAUGAAAAUUACGAAUGGCCAGAUAAGAAAUCAAAUCCACAUUGUGAACAAAUAUUGCACUACAAUGAUCCACACAUUGAAGAGAAACCAUUCGAUAGAACCAAUCGUAUACUCCAACCACACGAUCCUCAAGAAACUUACCGUAGAAGAAAGUCAGAGUUGAAGAGUGUCAUUCACUGGGGUCAACGUAAAUUACUCAUGUCAGAAAUUGAAUUCUUAACUGAAUUUGGUUAUCCUGGUGCAAUUGUUGUUUAUGCAGGUGCUGCUCCUGGCCACCACACAAACUUUUUGAGUGAUUUAUUUCCUGAUUUGAGUUUCGUACUUGUAGAUCCAAGUCCAUUUGUUUGUAAACCAACAGAUAAGAUUACAAUUGUGAAUGAUUUCUUUACUGAUGAGUUGGCUGCAAAGUAUGCUGAUAAAAAUGUGUUGUUUAUUAGUGAUAUUAGAACAGCUCAACCAGAGAAGGGAAAUGAAAAUCAAACAGUAGAGCACCGUGAGGAGAUUGAAAAGUGUGUCAAGUGGGAUAAUCAAGCACAAAUGAAUUGGCAUUUGACAAUUAAACCAAAAAUGUCCAUGCUCAAGUUUCGUCUACCUUAUGAUACACAAUCUGAGAAGAGCUAUGAAUAUUUGAAGGGAGAUAUUUACUUGCCAGUAUGGGGACCUCAAACAACAACCGAAACAAGAUUAGUAUGUUCAAAAGAUUGUGGAACUAUUCCAUACGAUACUGCAAAAUACGAAAGUCAAAUGUUUUAUUUCAAUACCAGAACAAGAGUUCACUAUUAUCCACACAACGUGCAAGUUGAAGGAAUGGAUCAUUGUUAUGAUUGCAGAUCUGAAGUUUUCAUUCUUGAACAAUAUUUGAAAAAGUACAAAAAAAUUGAAAACGAAAGUGAAUUGUUGAAACAAAUUGCUGAACUUUCUAAUUUGGUUUCAAGAAAUUGUACCACUGCCUUAGGAGCUAAGGUCCACAAUCUAGCAACCUAUGAAAAGAACUUUAGAAAGGAUGAAGUAAAGAAAAAUCUUGCCUCCAUUUACGAAACUGACCGAAUCAAAGUUGAUAGAGGAGAAAACAAACGAUCCGUUGAAGAAAUGGAAGAUCUUAGACAAAAGGCACUCAAGUCCAUGUACAAAAAGACAAAACUCUAA